GAGGGCGCCGGAGCCGGGCAGGGCGGAGAGAUGCGCCAGCGGACUUCUAUUUGGAACUGAGUCCGACAGCUCAGGACUGGCUGCUCAGACUCCACAAUUUAAUGAAAAAUCUCAGAUGAUGCCUCAGAAAACCUCUAACGAUCUGAGGAAUAUAUUAAGGGAUUCCAGAGUCAAAGGCUGAUCAUGGAGGGCAUUGAUGAGGGAAGACUUCAGCACGUUUUUCAGCACCAGGACAAGCAUCAUUGCUCAAGGAGAGCUUGAUUGACAACAGGAAGUUAGAAGGAGUCUGAAUUGUAACAAGUGUGGCAAGAGCACCAAGAUCACUCUGUGUGUGUUCACAGAAAAUGUACCAAAGGGAGAAGCCUUAAAAACAAAUGGCAGGUGUGGGCACCAGAGAAUCAACACAUCGGGAAGAGAAAAAUGGCAUGGUUUUAGUGUAAUUGUAAAAAGGUUGGGUCAAACGCUCCUCUUCUCGGCUUUUCGGGAGCAACCCUAUCUCAACAUUCACCAUCUUAAGAUGAGCAGACUGCAAGUUUGCCUCUCCCACCAGCAUGGGAGCUGCCGAAGCGGCAAGAACAGCGUUUCCGUCCAUCGAGCGCCAGCUCCAGUCCUAUUUUGAGUUGAAGUAAAAGCUCCUCCCUAGAUGGCCAGUGCACGUCUUUAAAAAGCGACUCCUUUCCCACAAAGGAAAUACGACUGGUUCGCAUCUAUCAAGGGUUGGCGUUGGGAUAAGAGAGUGAAGUAUCAGCUGGCCCUGCACAAGGAGAUUCUCUGAAUUCCCGGACCCAAUAACGCGACCAAGCACCGUGACUCCCAGGAAAAGUAGCGGAGUGAGCGCGGCUGAGGAAAUUACUGACACCGGAAGUCACGUGAGCGGCUGCCCCUAAGGUCGCUAUCUCGACAGUCGACUAUUCAGCCUUGCAGGCACCUCUGGCGGGCUUCACUGAGAUCCGCUCUUUCGGUGCUCGACUCGCCCGUGCUGCUGCCGCCGCCGAAGGAGGGGCAAAGCUCAAGAUGGCGGACAAAACGCCAGGCGGAUCUCAGAAGGCCAGUUCAAAGACGAGAUCAUCAGAUGUUCAUUCAUCUGGAUCUUCAGAUGCACAUAUGGAUGCAUCUGGACCCUCAGAUAGUGAUAUGCCAAGUCGGACACGACCUAAGAGCCCAAGAAAACAUAAUUAUAGGAAUGAAAGUGCCCGUGAAAGCCUUUGUGAUUCUCCUCAUCAGAAUCUCUCAAGAGUGAGUAUAGAUAAGCCUCUUCUGGAAAACAAACUUAAAGCAUUCAGUAUUGGAAAAAUGAGUACAGCUAAGCGAACUUUAAGUAAAAAGGAACAGGAAGAAUUAAAGAAAAAGGAGGAUGAAAAGGCAGCUGCUGAGAUUUAUGAGGAGUUUCUUGCUGCUUUUGAAGGAAGUGAUGGUAAUAAAGUGAAAACAUUUGUGCGAGGGGGUGUUGUUAAUGCAGCUAAAGAAGAACAUGAAACAGAUGAAAAAAGAGGUAAAAUCUAUAAGCCAUCUUCAAGAUUUGCAGAUCAAAAAAAUCCUCCAAAUCAGUCUUCCAAUGAAAGACCACCAUCUCUUCUUGUGAUAGAAACCAAAAAACCUCCACUUAAAAAAGGAGAGAAAGAAAAGAAAAAAAGCAAUUUGGAACUCUUCAAAGAAGAAUUAAAGCAAAUUCAAGAAGAACGUGAUGAGAGACAUAAAACAAAAGGCAGAUUAAGUCGAUUUGAACCUCCUCAGUCGGAUUCUGAUGGUCAGCGUCGUUCUAUGGACGCACCUUCAAGAAGAAAUAGAUCAUCUGGUGUUCUUGAUGAUUACGCACCUGGCUCACAUGAUGUAGGAGAUCCAAGCACUACUAAUUUAUACCUUGGAAACAUUAAUCCACAGAUGAAUGAAGAAAUGCUGUGCCAAGAAUUUGGAAGAUUUGGACCGUUAGCCAGUGUGAAAAUCAUGUGGCCUAGAACUGAUGAAGAAAGAGCCAGAGAGAGAAAUUGCGGCUUUGUGGCCUUUAUGAAUAGAAGAGAUGCUGAAAGAGCUUUAAAAAAUUUGAAUGGAAAAAUGAUUAUGUCUUUUGAAAUGAAGUUAGGUUGGGGUAAAGCUGUACCUAUUCCUCCACAUCCAAUAUACAUUCCGCCUUCUAUGAUGGAACAUACGCUUCCCCCACCUCCAUCCGGACUGCCUUUUAAUGCGCAGCCUAGAGAGCGGUUAAAAAACCCUAAUGCUCCUAUGUUACCGCCACCUAAAAACAAAGAGGAUUUUGAGAAGACUCUGUCGCAAGCCAUAGUCAAAGUGGUUAUCCCAACAGAAAGGAAUUUGCUCGCCCUGAUACAUCGAAUGAUAGAGUUUGUUGUACGUGAAGGGCCGAUGUUUGAAGCUAUGAUUAUGAACAGAGAAAUCAACAAUCCUAUGUUCAGGUUCUUAUUUGAAAACCAGACACCAGCCCAUGUUUACUAUAGGUGGAAGCUUUAUUCUAUUCUGCAGGGAGAUUCUCCAACUAAAUGGCGGACGGAAGAUUUUCGUAUGUUCAAAAAUGGAUCUUUUUGGAGGCCACCACCAUUAAAUCCGUACUUGCAUGGCAUGUCAGAAGAGCAAGAAACAGAAGCUUUUGUAGAGGAACCUAGUAAAAAGGGAGCACUUAAGGAAGAACAGAGGGAUAAAUUGGAAGAAAUCUUGCGGGGAUUAACUCCAAGGAAAAAUGAUAUUGGAGAUGCAAUGGUUUUCUGUCUUAAUAAUGCUGAAGCUGCUGAAGAGAUAGUGGAUUGCAUUACUGAGUCGUUGUCCAUCUUAAAGACACCCCUUCCUAAAAAGAUUGCCAGAUUAUAUUUGGUUUCUGAUGUUUUGUACAACUCUUCAGCCAAAGUUGCUAAUGCUUCAUAUUAUAGAAAAUUUUUUGAAACAAAGUUAUGUCAGAUAUUUUCAGACCUCAAUGCCACCUAUCGUACAAUUCAAGGCCAUUUACAAUCUGAAAACUUUAAGCAACGGGUAAUGACUUGCUUCAGAGCGUGGGAAGAUUGGGCAAUUUAUCCAGAACCAUUUUUGAUCAAACUACAAAAUAUUUUCUUAGGACUUGUAAAUAUUAUUGAAGAAAAGGAAACAGAGGAUGUUCCAGAUGACCUUGAUGGUGCCCCCAUCGAGGAAGAGCUUGAUGGUGCACCUCUGGAAGAUGUAGAUGGAAUUCCUAUUGAUGCUACUCCCAUCGAUGAUCUUGAUGGAGUCCCUAUAAAAAGUCUUGAUGAUGAUCUUGAUGGAGUGCCUUUGGAUGCAACUGAAGACUCAAAAAAGAAUGAGCCUAUAUUUAAAGUUGCCCCAUCAAAAUGGGAAGCUGUGGAUGAAUCUGAAUUGGAAGCACAGGCUGUUACAACUUCUAAAUGGGAAUUAUUUGACCAGCAUGAAGAAUCAGAAGAAGAAGAAAAUCAAAAUCAAGAAGAAGAAAGUGAAGAUGAAGAAGAUACUCAAAGUUCCAAAUCUGAAGAACAUCAUUUGUACUCUAAUCCAAUCAAAGAAGAAAUGACUGAGUCUAAGUUCUCUAAGUACUCUGAAAUGAGUGAGGAAAAACGAGCCAAACUUCGUGAAAUUGAGCUCAAAGUUAUGAAGUUUCAGGAUGAAUUGGAAUCUGGGAAAAGACCUAAAAAACCAGGCCAGAGUUUUCAGGAGCAAGUAGAACACUACAGAGAUAAACUUCUUCAACGAGAGAAAGAGAAAGAGUUAGAAAGAGAACGAGAAAGAGACAAGAAAGAUAAAGAAAAAUUGGAAUCUCGCUCCAAAGACAAGAAGGAAAAAGAUGAGUGUACUCCAACAAGGAAGGAAAGGAAGAGGCGACACAGUACCUCCCCCAGCCCAUCUCGCAGUAGCAGUGGUAGACGAGUGAAAUCCCCAUCACCAAAAUCGGAGCGAUCAGAGCGUUCAGAAAGAUCUCAUAAAGAGAGCUCACGGUCCAGGUCAUCUCACAAAGACUCUCCUAGAGAUGUUAGCAAAAAAGCCAAAAGAUCACCAUCUGGUUCAAGGACACCUAAAAGGUCUAGGCGAUCACGGUCUAGAUCCCCUAAAAAAUCAGGAAAGAAGUCCAGAUCCCAGUCCAGAUCUCCACACAGGUCUCAUAAAAAGUCAAAGAAAAACAAACACUGACGUAAAUUUUUAAGAUGCUGUCACUUAUUGGAAAUGCGAUUUGUUUUGUGCCUGAACGGUCUGUUUUUUAAAAAAAACAAAAAAUCAAAUGAAAGAGCAUUCCUGGGGUUUUUUGUUUGUUUGUGUAUGCAUGUGUAAACUCAUGAGCAACUGCAUCUGUAGAUCUGUCAUUGUUUUAUAUUGUGUAAAUUACUUUCAUUGUGGCUAUUUCUCAAGAUGAAAUUUUUAUUGUUCUAAUGGAUUUCAUCAGAAAUGUGUAUAAUGGAUCUGCUGACAGUAGUAGUAUUUUGUUUUAGGAUGUUGUGACUUAGCAAAAAUAAUACAGAUGUCUUCCCCCCUUUUGUAGCUUUGCCAGUUUGAAUUAGAUUUCAAAUAAAAUCUGAACAGAAAACUAUAA